AUGCGAGUGUCCCUGCGUUCCAUCACCUCGCUGCUGGCUGCGGCGACGGCGGCCGUACUUGCGGCACCGGCGGCCGAGACGCUGGACCGUAGGGCGGCGCUGCCGAACCCUUUCGAUGACCCCUUCUACACGACGCCAUCCAACAUCGGCACGCUCGCCAAGGGCCAGGUGAUCCAAUCGCGCAAGGUGCCUACAGACAUUAGCAACGCCAACAACGCCGCAUCGUACCAGCUGCAGUAUCGCACGACCAACACGCAGAACGAGGCGGUGGCCGACGUGGCCACCGUGUGGAUCCCGGCCAAGCCCGCCUCGCCGCCCAAGAUCUUCUCGUACCAGGUGUACGAGGAUGCCACGGCGCUCGACUGCGCUCCGAGCUACAGCUACCUCACUGGCUUCGACCAGCCCAACAAGGUGACGGCGGUGCUCGACACGCCCAUCGUCAUCGGCUGGGCGCUGCAGCAGGGCUACUACGUCGUUUCGUCCGAUCACGAAGGCUUCAAGGCCGCCUUUAUUGCUGGCUACGAAGAGGGCAUGGCCAUCCUGGACGGCAUCCGCGCGCUCAAGAACUACCAGAACCUGCCGGCCGACAGCAAGGUCGCUCUCGAGGGCUACAGUGGCGGUGCGCACGCCACCGUGUGGGCGACUUCGCUCGCUGAAUCGUAUGCGCCCGAGCUCAACAUUGUUGGUGCUUCGCACGGCGGCACGCCUGUGAGCGCCAAGGACACCUUUACGUUCCUCAACGGAGGACCCUUUGCCGGCUUUGCCCUGGCAGGUGUUUCGGGUCUGGCGCUCGCGCAUCCGGACAUGGAGAGCUUCAUCGAGGCCCGAUUGAACGCCAAGGGUCAGCAGACGCUCAAGCAGAUCCGCGGCCGUGGCUUCUGCCUGCCGCAGGUGGUGACGACCUACCCCUUCCUCAACGUCUUUUCGCUGGUCAACGACACGAACCUGCUCAACGAGGCGCCGAUCGUGAGCAUCCUCAAGCAGGAGACGGUGGUCCAGGCCGAGGCGAGCUACACGGUGUCGGUGCCCAAGUUCCCGCGCUUCAUCUGGCAUGCGAUCCCCGACGAGAUCGUGCCGUACCAGCCUGCCGCUGCCUACGUCAAGGAGCAAUGUGCCAAGGGCGCCAACAUCAACUUUUCGCCCUACCCGAUCGCCGAGCACCUCACCGCCGAAAUCUUUGGACUAGUGCCCAGCUUGUGGUUCAUCAAGCAGGCCUUUGACGGCACCACGCCCAAGGUGAUCUGCGGCACUCCCAUCCCUGCCAUCGCAGGCAUCACUACGCCCUCGGCGGACCAGGUGCUGGGCUCGGACCUCGCCAACCAGCUGCGCAGCCUCAACGGCAAGCAGAGUGCGUUCGGCAAGCCCUUUGGCCCCAUCACACCGCCCUAG